AUGCUUUCGUUCCGCCAGGCAUUCGUUGGUGCUGCUCUAGUUCUCACUGUACUUUACUUUACCACACAUACUCACCCGUUAGUACCCCGGCCAUCAUCUGAAAGCCGAAACACCGAAGCCGACCCGAAUGAUUCAAUUAAUAUUACCACCCUCCCGACCCCGACAUCUAUCGAUGGCAGUAAAGCAGCUGGCUCUCAGAAGCUUUUAAUCGAUAUGUCACAGGCGCCCCUCAGAGAAAAACUUGCAUAUCAAUUUCCCUACGAUGUUGAGGCUAGUUUUCCUGCCUACAUAUGGCAAACCUGGAAAUUUACACCUGCAUCGGGAGAUUUUGACGAGAAAUUCCGGGCUUCUGAGGCUUCAUGGAGUGAUAAACAUCCUACUUUUGUUCAUGAAGUCAUCACAGAUCAAGUUGCUGUCCAUCUGAUCCGCCAUCUCUACGCCAGUGUUCCAGAGAUUAUAACGGCCUACAACGCUUUACCUAUUCCAAUACUUAAGGCAGAUUUUUUCCGCUAUCUUAUCCUCCUAGCACGGGGUGGGAUCUACUCGGAUAUCGAUACUCAGGCCCUCAAAAGCGCCGUUGAAUGGCUGCCAGAAUCUGUCCCAAAAAAGUCUAUUGGCCUUAUAUUUGGAAUCGAGGCUGAUCCGGAUAGGGAGGAUUGGGCUUUAUGGUAUUCUCGCCGAAUCCAAUUCUGCCAAUGGACGCUACAGUCAAAACCAGGACACCCAAUACUUCGUGAAGUUGUGGCAAAUAUAACCUUAACAACACUGCAGAAAUUGAAGGAUGGCUUGCUUUCAAACUUUAGCAGUCGAAGUAUCAUUGAAUUCACUGGCCCAGGGCUUUGGACUGACGUAGUCUUCGGUUUUAUGAAUGAUGGGCGCUACUUUGAUAUGAGCACUAGCAAUGGACCAAUUACCUGGAAAGAAUUUACCGGCAUCACCACCCCGAAAAUAAUAGGAGACGUUGUUGUUCUACCCAUUACAAGCUUUAGCCCUGGAAUUCAUCAAAUGGGUGCUGGUGAAUAUGAUGAUUCAAGUGCACUCGUAAAACACGGAUUUGAAGGUACUUGGAAACCAGAAGACGAGCGACACAUCGGAAUUAUAAUUGAGUAA